AUAUGCAAAGCAAUACUGAUAAAGCUUCUCCCUCCGCCAUAGCCAUUUCUCCUCUGUAGUCCACAUAACGAGCGAGAGUGAGAGCUACAGCUCGAGUCACAGUCACUCGAGGUAAACGAGAUUCGUGAUUUUUAUCAGACCCAUGAUUCUAGUUUGGCGAAAUUAUUAUACUUUCUGGGCUUAAUCAGAAAUGGACGUUCUCGCCUUAUCCUCUCCUGCUUCCGCCGCAGCAUCCGCCGCACCCACCGCAUCUAUCUCCGGAAGUUUCCCGUUGUAUCCUUCUAGGGUUAGGGUGAGAAGAAACCGGGAGAGUUUAUUAGCUAAACAAAAGAAGUUUUUAGUUUCAGCUUCGAAAAGGGAAGAGCCCAAGCUCAACGAAUGGGAUCAAAUGGAGCUCAAAUUCGGCCGUUUGCUCGGAGAAGACCCGAAAUUGACUUUGGCUAAGAUAGUGGCUAGAAAAGUGAAUCCAGAUGCUUCUUUCGUUGAAGUUGAGAAAUCUUUCUACAAGAAUAAGGGUAAAAUUGCAGACAUCGAAGCGAUUCCAUUGGAUUGGUCAAAGGAAGAUAAGAAGAAAUCUAGUUCACUGGGUGGCUUGAAUUUGGUGAAGCCAGUUCCGAAAAACGGAGUCCAAUUCGAAACUGUGGAAAAGCCAGUGAUGAAAAAGCCAAACCCUGCUCUGAAGAAGCCAUUGGAGAGUGCUCCGAUUGCUGCUCCUCCAAAAAGGACACUGCCUAAUGUUAUAUUGAGAAAGCCGAGUUCGUACUAUGUGAACAAUAACGACGAUGAGGAGUCUAAGUUGCGGUUGAAACCGAAUCUGACACUGAAAAUGAGGAAUGAGAGGGAAAACGAGAGGUUUAGUGACAUGACAUUGUUGAGAAAACCGGAACCACUGAACGUUGAUGCGGGAGAGGAAAAUUCUGGAGAUAAGCUUCCCAGUGAUGGAUUAACUAUGGAAGAAGGAGAACAAGAUGAAGGGGUAUAUUCAGAGUACACUCUUUUGGAGAAGCCAGAACCGAGGCCCGAGCCUGAGAAUGUAGAAGAGGAAGCUGGAGAUAGUGGAGCUGUGGAACUGCCGGAGAUAGAAAAUACAUCAAUUCCAACUGGUAUGGGAAAUACAUCAAUUCCAACUGAAAUGCAGCUUAAUAGCGAGAUAUCCUCGGGAUCCUCUGAGGAGAAAACCAUUAACAGUGAUCCAGUCGAGAGAAGUCCUUCGAAUCCAGUUUCUCAGACCAUCGUAGAGGCUUCUUUACUAGGGAAGCCACAAAGAUUAGACCCGUCUUCUGCAGAGCCAUCAGUUUCAACCAGAGGACAACCAUUGAUCGUGAACCAUGAAGGUCGUCAGGUCUCUGUUGAGCUCAAGGGCCCUCCUUCUAGAUCUUCCUUGGAGGAAAGUGAUUGGAAUAAGGCAGAGUCUCUAGUUAAGACAGAAUUACGUGCAGAUGUUGAGCUAAUAAGCUCGAGCACUAGAGGAUUUGCUGUUUCCUAUGGAUCUUUGAUCGGAUUUUUGCCCUACCGGAACCUUGCAGCAAAAUGGAAAUUUCUCGCGUUCGAAUCGUGGUUGAGAAGAAAAGGUGUAGAUCCAUCACUGUAUCGACAAAACCUUGGAGUAAUUGGAGGUCAAGAUGUCACGAGUAAAGCUCCAACUCCAGAUUCAAGCUUAGUAGAUUCUGAAGUUGGGAACACAGUCAGUGAAGAAGUUUCUUCUGAUAUGAAGCUGGAAGAUCUUCUUAUGGUAUAUGACAGAGAGAAGCAGAAGUUCCUAUCGUCUUUUGUUGGCCAGAAAAUCAAAGUGAAUGUGGUUAUGGCUAACAGAAAUUCAAGGAAGCUUAUAUUUUCGAUGAGGCCGAGAGAAAAUGAAGAGGAAGUUGAGAAAAAACGAAAUCUUAUGGCUAAGCUUCGUGUUGGGGAUGUUGUGAAAUGCUGCAUCAAGAAAAUUACGUAUUUCGGUAUUUUCUGUGAGCUAGAAGGUGUCCCUGCAUUGAUUCACCAGUCAGAAGUUUCAUGGGAUGCAACUUUAGACCCUGCUUCAUAUUUUAAGAUCGGUCAGAUGGUGGAGGCGAAAGUGCACCAGCUAGAUUUUGCUCUUGAACGUAUCUUCUUGUCACUAAAAGAAAUCACGCCUGAUCCUCUAACCGAAGCCUUAGAAUCUGUAGUUGGUGGUAAUGAUCAGUUGGGAAAGUUACAAGCUGCAGAGCUUGACGCUGAGUGGCCUGAUGUGGAAUCUCUGAUCAAAGAGCUGGAAAUGGUUGAAGGAAUACAAUCAGUUUCAAAAAGUCGUUUUUUCUUGAGCCCAGGUCUCGCUCCAACAUUUCAGGUUUACAUGGCGCCAAUGUUUGAGAACCAAUACAAACUGCUUGCUCGAGCUGGAAACAGAGUGCAAGAGCUAAUUGUUGAAGCAUCGUUGAGUAAAGAAGAGAUGAAAUCAACAAUCAUGUCUUGCACCAACAGAGUAGAAUGAGAAUAUUGUGGAAAGAUUGAUUCCACUGUUUUGUUUUAUUCUUCAAAGUGGUAUCACCCAAAGACUUAGUAAGUGUACAACAAUAAAAUGUGAUUUCUAGUGUAUAAUUUUCAGAGUUAUUGUGAUGAGAAAAGGUAGAAACUGAAGAAAAGAAAAA